AAAUAGUCCGUUGUUCCUGCUUCACCCAGGGGUUCGACGGUGAAACGCAGUACAGAUUCCAGUUCACCGUGGAUGAGUCGAUAUUCAAUUACCCCAUUCGGCCGGUCAUAGUGACUGUUUAUCAAUACAGCGUUUUUAAGUGCGCAUUUGGAACCCUCUUAAUUACAGUCUCCUUGUACUGUGAGCUAGAACAAACAAACAACCGUAAUUGGGAAAGCUUUUCCACACAACACUACAGGAAGGCACCCAGGACGUUUUCUCAUCUGGUGAUAAAUUGCCUUUUUAGUUUUGUAAUCGGAAGCAAAGUAUAUUUGUUAUUUUGAAUGAAUGUUACUGCUCUGCUCAGAUCCUCAAAGAUGCUCCUUUACUAAGUUGUCAUAAGGAAAUCAGCAAAACAUCGAGACACUAUCCCUGAUUCCGGAUUUCCCGAAUUCAUCAACGGCAUCUGGACUCAGUACAGUUUCAUGCCUGGACCUAGUGCAGUGAGUCUGAUUCGCAGUGGUUUUAUCGUGGAUGCUGGAAAGAGGUCCCGAUGAGUGCAGUGACGGGUCAGACAGGAGCUUCUGGUCCCGGACGAGCCCGUUCAGGCACGCCGGAUCCAGUCAGGACAGUUUCACGCAUCUCCUGCCUGCGGAUGGAGCCUCUCUGAUGCUGUGGCAAGAUCCUGAAGAUGAUGGAGGAUAACAAACAGCUGGCCCAGCGCAUCGAUGGGGCCAUCCAGUCGGCCAGCCAGGAGGUGACCAACCUGCGCUCGGAGCUGUCGGCCACCAGCCGCCGGCUGGCCGAGCUGGGGGCGUGCAGCCCUCCCAGUGUGGAGAACAGCCCGCGCAGCACGCACGAUUCAGCGGCCGCCCACAGGCACAAGACGACUGUGGCUGGCAUCUGCUUCCAGGCAAACAUGUCAAGCCUUGUGGACUUUGGAACUCCGGAAUCCUCACUGGAUAAAGUGCUGUUGAGAGGAGAGGUGGCACAGCUCCAGGAGGAGGUGCACCUGCUCCGUCAGAUGAAGGAGAUGCUAAAUAAGGACUUGGAGGAGUCGCAAGGAGGCUGUUCGGCUACUGCACUCUCUGCCGCGGAGCUCCGGGUGCAGCUCGCGGAGAAGGAGCAAGAACUUGACCGUGCCAAAGAGACUUUACAAGCUAUGAAGGGUGACCGUAAGAGGUUAAAGUCUGAGAAGUCCGACCUGGUGAGCCAGAUGCAGCAGCUGUACACCACACUGGAGAGCCGUGAGGAACAGCUUCGUGACUUCAUCAGGAACUACGACCAGCACAGAAAGGAGAGCGAGGAUGCGGUGAAGGUGCUGGCUAAGGAGAAAGACCUGCUGGAGCGAGAGAAGUGGGACCUCCGGCGCCAGACGAAAGAGGCCACGGAGCACGCCAACCUGCUGCGCUCUCACAUAGACAUGAAGGAGAACCGCAUCAAAGAGCUGGAGGCUGAGCUGACGAUGGCGAAGCAGUCUCUGGCCACUCUGACGAAGGAUGUUCCGAAGCGUCACUCAGUUGCCGUGCCAGCGGAGCCCGUGGUGAACGGCAGUCAGGAGUGGGUGAUGCAGGCAGAGCUCCCACUCACCGCUGCCAUCAGACAGAGCCAGCAGACGCUGUACUACGCACACCCCGCAGACAGACAGGGUGCAUUGCGGAUCAGUCCCUGCCACUCCCGCCAGCCCUCUGUCCUCUCGGACGCCUCUGUUGCCGAUGGCGACCGCUCAUCCACGCCCAGCGACAUGAACUCCCCCCGCCAUCGGACCCACUCCCUCUGCAAUUCCAUGGAGGACCUCGAGGACCAGAAGCGUAAGAAAAAGAAGGAGAAGUUGACUUUGGGCUCGCUGUCUCGAGUGUUUGCCCGUGGCAAAUCCCAGCGCAAGUCUCUGGACCCUGGUCUGUUUGAUGACUCUGACAGCCUCUCCAGCCUGAUGCAGCCCAGCCAAUCGGAUGGCGAGGAGCAGCUGGAACGGCUGCAGCAGGCAGAGCUUACGCGUACCAGACCCAUGUCUCUGUGGAAGGCGGGAACUGUUCAGGCCUGGCUCGAGGUUGUCAUGGCAAUGCCUAUGUACAUCCAAGCCUGCUCUGAGAAUGUCAAGGGUGGAAAGGUCCUUCUGGGCCUGACGGACGAGGACCUGGAGCUGGGACUGGGUGUCAGCACUCCUCUGCACCGCAGAAAGCUCCGACUGGCCAUCGAAGACUACCGGGAGGCAGAGAGCGGAGCAGGGUUGUCCAAGGCAGCCGACAUGGACCAUCGGUGGGUGUGUAAGACGUGGCUUAGCGACGUGGGCCUGCCACAGUACGCGCAGGUGUUUCAGACUCAGCUGGUGGACGGCAGAGUGCUGUGCUCGCUGACCCGCCAAGACCUGGAGACCGACUUCAGCAUCACCAACCAGUUCCACGUCAGAAGCUUGUUAGCGGGUAUCCAGCUCCUGCUGUUAGUGGGCUUGGACAAAGAGGUUUUGCAGGCCCGCCGGGCGCAAUGUGAGCACCAGGACGUUGACCCCGUAGUGUGGAGCAAUCAUCGGGUCAUUAAGUGGGUCAGGGACAUCGAUCUGAAGGAGUAUGCCGACAGCCUGCAGAACAGCGGGGUCCACGGAGCCGUGAUGGUCCUCGAUCCAUCCUUCAGUGCUGGGAGCUUGGCAAAGACCUUAGAGAUCCCCAGCAACAAGCACAUGAUCCACCGGCACCUGUACGAGGAGAUGAAGGUGUUGUUGAAUCCAGCGCGGAGCAGUCAGCACCAGGAGUCCAACAGGAAAGACGGAACGCCAAAACAGUCACCUGCCUCCACCUGCCGCUACGCUGAAGAGGGGAACCUCAGAGUGAGAGCCGCCAUGAGUCCCUUGAGGUUCAACCCCAAAAUUCCUGGUGGGCGGGAUCUGAGUUUCCAUGGCAACUGUGGAUCCUUGCCCAGAGAGGAGCGAGUGAAGGCCCUUCCCAGGUCCAAAGGCAGCCCCAUGCACGGCUUCUCGAGCGUAGAGAUCACUAACAUCUAGAGCUGUGGACGACAUACGAGCCCAAACCGGUGACCCCUCCACAGAGGAAGGGCCACCUGCCGUGGUUGUCAUGCCCAUCAUCACAGUCAGAAAAGGGCUUGGUUCUGUCUUUUGUUUGUAUAUAUUUUUUCUUUUUACAAAUUUUCAGUGCAUAAAAGGUGCAUAGAAAGGAUUCUAAUCUGUAGAGUUUAUAUAGAAUUUACAUACUUUUCUCAUGUAAAUUCCCUGUUAAAUAUUUGAUGUAUCUUUCACCAAGUGAAGACUGACACCAUAUGAGAGACUUUGGCUAUUGGGUAACUAAAAUACUACUCGUCACAGAAGCACAAGUCCUGACGACAAUGAGCUGUAAGACAGAGAGAAGCAGUCUGGCCGAACAGGGUCAGAAGAAAUCAAAACCAGAUGCUCUGAUAUAUAAUGCCUGCAUUUGAUACAAACCACUCACCAUCCUGUAUCGUAUGUGUGCAUGCCUUGGGUUAUGACAACAGCGCGAGAGAGAGAGAGAGAGAGAGAGAGAGAGAGAGAGAGAGAGAGAGAGGGGGUGGGUGGGUAUGUUGUUGAAUAAUCCAAAUGCCACAGCAAACUACUCUUUCUCUUUCUCUUUGUUUUAAAAGAGGGAAAAACCUCCUGAAAACCACACACAUUCUGUUGAUGUCUGUUAAGAUUGUUGUUUUCCAAGAUUUAUUUGAAUGUCAGUUCAUGAAGGCAGCAGCCGCAGUUCUGAUUAGGUGGGCACAGGAGGAGCCACACUGAACCCACAUGAGCCUCCGAAGGAUCAGUCUGUUUAUUCAAGCUGGAAAUUUGCUUAUUCAAUGUACAAAAUAUUCAUUAUACAAAAAUGUUAGAAAAAAAAUGUGCUUGUUGAGAAGCUGAAGGCAGGAAAAAAAAAAUCAUUUGUGUGUGAUUUUUUUCCCUUUUGUCAGUAUUGUUAAGGCCUGUCUUGUCAUGCAUGCAAUUCAGUUGAUCUGCUCUGGUGUUUGUUACAGAAGACCUCAUUUACUACGAGCUCAACAAUCAUGUGUGUCAUUGACAACCGGCUGCCACUUUGACAAAUACACACUAUAAAACCCGAUUCAUUUUAUAAAGUCUGCAGACACACCCCUAGUGACCCAGGCCCCACCCAUAGUGACACAGGCCACACCUCUUGACAAAAAGGCCACACCCUACUGGCCCUGCUUUCCUCAACGGUCAAACAGGUCUUUCAACUUGAUGUGUGUUAGACCCUGAGCAACACUUCACAUGCUGUUACAACCAGUCCUGGUAAGGAGUGUUCCAUAACUGUGUCAGACUGAAUCACCUCAGCAUUCCCACAUGAUUUAAACAAGGUCCUGUUUGUUGCUUUAGGUCUACUUCUCCUCCCAGAUACUGUAACAUCUAAUUUUAAACUGCUUAAUCUGAUUUUUAAACUGCUUAAUGAUUAUGUCCUACUGAUGCGCAGUGUAAAAGGUGGAACAGGUUACAAAAAAGACACAUCAGGAAAUUUUCAGGUGAUUGUUAUAGUCAGAACUCAUUUUUGUCUUGUGCCAUCGGUGAAAAAUGUGGAAUACAUCUCUAUAGGGCGUUUUCAUCUGUAUCACUGACAUGAUCUGUACAGAUAAUAAUAAAACAUUGCUGUGUUUUUCUCCAUCAUUUUUAUCAAACGGAGCCACCAAAAAGGUGGAUCUGAUGCUUUUUUUCAUUAAAUGUUCCUGAAUUUUUAUUCAGUUUUGUCAGAUUCUGUGAGAAGCAGGAUGAGCAUAAACUGAACAGGACGGGUCUGCUUCCCCUU